AAAUAGUCCGCUGUCAAGGAGAAAAACUACCAUGGCUUCCAGUUCUUUGACAAAACCUCAGAUGCGUGGCCUUCUGGCCAAGCGUCUGCGAUUUCAUAUUGUUGGAGCAUUCUUUGUCCCCUUGGGAGUUGCAGCUUUCUGUAAGUUUGCUAUGACUGAACCAAGAAAGAAGGCAUAUGCAGAUUUCUACAAAACUUAUGAUUCCAUAAAAGAUUUUGAGGAGAUGAGGAAGGCUGGUAUCUUUCAGAGUGCAAAGUGAUUUUGGAAUAUAA